UCCCACAGACAAUGGCGAGGAAGAACCCAUCAAUGGAGGUGGCGGUGGUGAUGCAUUUGCUGGUACUGGCCGCGUGGUGCGCAACCGCGGCGUCCUCGGCGAAGCCCAAGGUGUGCGACAAGGGGUGGGAGUGCAAGAACAGCGUGUACUGCUGCAACGAGACCAUCUCCGACUUCUUCCAGGUGUACCAGUUCGAGAACCUCUUCAGCAAGCGCAACACCCCCGUGGCGCAGGCCGUCGGAUUCUGGGACUACCACUCCUUCAUCACCGCCGCCGCCGUCUACCAGCCGCUCGGCUUCGGCACCACCGGCGGCAAGCAGACGCAGAUGGGGGAGGUCGCCGCCUUCCUCGGCCACGUCGGCAGCAAGACCUCGUGUGGGUACGGCGUCGCCACCGGCGGCCCGCUCGCCUGGGGCUUAUGCUACAAACGCGAGAUGAGCCCGAGCCAGUCCUACUGCGACGACAACUACCUCUACCCAUGCACUCCCGGAGUUGAUUACUACGGCCGCGGCGCGCUGCCCGUUUACUGGAACUACAACUACGGAACCAUCGGGGAUGGGCUGAAGGUUGAUCUCCUGAACCACCCGGAGUACCUUGAGCAGAACGCCACCCUCGCAUUCCAAGCUGCCAUCUACAGGUGGAUGACCCCGAUGAAGAAGAAGCAGCCAUCCGCCCAUGACGUGUUCGUGGGGAAAUGGAAGCCCACCAAGAACGAUACCCUGGCCAAAAGGCUGCCGGGCUUCGGAGCCACCAUGAACGUUCUCUACGGCGACCAGGUGUGCGGCCAGGGCCCAGUUGACGGCAUGAACAACAUUAUAUCGCAUUACCAGUAUUACCUCGACCUGAUGGGCGUCGGCCGCCAAUUCUCCAGCGAUAACUUGGACUGCGCCGAGCAAGAGGCAUUCAAUCCUUCUUCUACCUCCUCCAGUACCACUUAAUCGCCUGAAACUAUCCAUCGUUGCGACUGUGUGUAUUUUUCUUCCAAGUGCUGCAAAAAAGGAAGAAUUUGUAUGCACUAUAAAUCUCUAUAAAGGUAUCAAAUGGAGGGAUCUGUGAGCUAUGUAUUCGUUGCAAGUAAAUCUAUCGAUCAAAAGCUCAGUGUUAAUAA